AUGCCGGGGAGGACGACUUCCGCCCUUACUCCCUCACGUUUGCGCCCACACCCAUGACCACGCCCUCGACAGCCGGAUGGGCUUCUGCUCUGGGCCACUGAGGCUGCUCGGCGCAGUAUCCCCGGCACAGACGGCUCCUGGAGCCAGAGGAUGGAUACGGAUUUAUCGGCAAUUACGGUCUAUUUCUCCAACGCCAGAAACUCCGCCGCCGCCGCCGCCGUGUGCCACGCCAUGAACAAGGAUUUCUCGAGGGGAGAAGCCGCCUUGGGAGCGGCGGUCGCCGCGGCACGACUCGGAGAACCGGUGGGACAGGUACAAGUGAGUUGUGAUGGAAACUUUGAAAAUGUAGAGCUGGGUGUCAUAGGGAAAAAAAAGAAAAUCCCAAGGCGGGUCAUUCACUUUGUCAGUGGUGAAACCAUGGAAGAAUAUAGCACUGAUGAAGAUGAAAGCGAUGGUCAAGAGAAAAGAGAUCUUUUACCUACUAUUGAUCCGACAAAACUUCCCUGGGGCCCCUACUUAUGGUUUUACAUGCUUCGUGCUGCUACAUCAACCCUUUCAGUGUGUGACUUUCUUGGAGAGAAGAUUGCAUCACUUCUGGGUAUCAGCACCCCAAAGUACCAAUAUGCCAUUGAUGAAUAUUACCGGAUGAAGAAGGAGGAAGAAGAGGAAGAAGAAGAAAAUCGAAUGUCUGAAGAGGCAGAAAGACAGUAUCAGGAGCAGCAGAAGAAGCUCCAGGCUGACUCCACUGUUCAGACAGACCAGCCAGAAGCUGUGGCAUCAAGUUCUUUUGUUAACCUCAAUUUUGAAAUGGAUGGAGACUGUGAAGUAACUAUGGAAAAUAAACAAAGCCUAAAGCCUGUUAGCCACAACUUAGAAUAAAACAACUUAGCAAAUUUCAAACUCCAGGGUACUUUUUUUCUUAAAGGAAACUUAUAGUGAAACUUAUUUAUUAAAAGUUUGUUGAAAGGGGUAAUUCCCCUUCAGUAUCUCUUAAAGAAUCCAAAGUCUAUCUAGUAAAUGGCAGUUUUCUUUCAAACACAUGAUUGACUACAGACAUAAAAAAGACUAGGCAAAAGCUUAAAUCUCCAGUAAAAGAUAUUUUGUCUAAAUAUCUCAAGACAAUGUGAAAACAUAUCAUUUUUAUAAGACUUGGCAAGGUAUAUGGUGAACUGAACUGAUAUUCCUAAAUUUCCCAAAAAAAUAGGAUUUAAAAAAAAGUGUUUUCUAAUUUGUAACCACAUUUCUGUUGAUUCUAGUUAUAUUCUACAAGAGUGACUUUCCUCAAUGUCUAAAAUUUGGUCUUAGAACAAGGUGGAAAACAUUUUUUUCUUCUUAGUUUGGAAAAAUUCAUAUUCCAAUUAGUCAUAGAAAAUAAUGUUUUGGUUAGAAUAGAACUGUUCAUUUCCAUAUUUCCCAAAUUAGCUUUCAAUUUUUAGAUUAAUUCUAGCUUGUUUAAACCUUAAUCUUGACUUCUUCUUAAUAGUAUAACUGGGUACCAAAUCAAAUUUUGAUUCAUUUUCAGUUUUAAAAAUACUUCUUGGGGCAGCUAGGUGGUGCAGUGGAUAGAGCAUUGGCCCUGGAGUCAGGAGGAUCUGAGUUCAAAUCCGGCCUCAGACACUUAACACUUACUAGUUGUGUGACCCUGGGCAAGUCACUUAACUCCAAUUUGCCUCACCAAACAAACAAACAAACAAACAAAAAUACUUCUUAGACAAGCUGUAAAGAUCCAUUUAGCAACUCAAUAAUUUAUAAUGAGCAUAUUCAAAUUAAAAGCAUAUAAUAAUUGCUCAGAAAGAUUCCUAUGUUUGGCAAUGAAGUUUUUGCUUCAGUCAGUCUUUGUUUUCUAGUGGAUAAAAUUAAGUCAUCAGUGUUUUAAACUAGCAUGCUUGUUCCAUCACCCAUCAUAUUAUUUGCAAACCUUAUAUGGGUAUAAGAAGUCACUUUUGAAAAUGUGCUGAAAUAGACAUAAUCAGUAUGGGUAAGAGAUUUGUUUGUGAUGGUCAUUUGUAACUUUAAGCGGUGUGGGGCAGCAAAGAAUGAGUAAUAUGUUUUAGAAAUGCUACUUUUACCCAGUUAGAAACACUAAAAAACUGACCAAAGCUUUUAGAAAUGAAGGAUAAUUGUAAAAAGACAUCUGAACAAAAUUAACCAAACAUUUGAUCAUCAAUUUAAAUAGGUGUAUGCAUUCAAAACAACUUUAAUGUAGAUCUCUUACAUCUACUGUGAAAACCUGCUCUUCCUAAUUUUUGUUGUUUUUCAGUUGUCUGAUACUUUAUGACCCCAUUUGGAGUUUUCUUGCCAGAGAUAGGGGAGUGGUUUGUUAUUUCCUACUCCAGCGCUUUUUAUAGAUGAGGAAACUGAGGCAAAUAGGGCCAAGUGACUUGCAAAAGGUCACACAGGAAGAAUUAUAUCUGCCUCCAGGCAUGGGGCUCUAUCCACUCCACCAUCUCAUUGCCCUUCUUUCCUGUUCAUCAGAAAGCAUAUACUUGAGUUACAAUUUUGAAAAAAAAUCUGAAGAGGGAAUAACAUUUUUAUCCCUAUUUUCUGUCCUCAGUUUGCAUCUAUUUAUAGCAGGUUUUAAUAGAAUAGAGGAAAAAUCAAGAUUUGAUAUCUAAACUCUCCCAUAGCCUUUUACUGUUUAGUAAUUUAUAAACCUCUAAAAAAUUCCAAUUAUAGGCAAAAUUAUUUUCAAAAAGCAUGCUGAUAGCAGAUAAGUGAGACUUUCUCUUCUGGUGGAUAGUUCAUUGCUUAAAACAUUAACUUUAUAUUUAACAAUUCCUUUCUUUCAAAAGUUAAUUUUCCAUUGAAGUCCUGGUUGUAGGGUAGUGAGUUCUUCUAAAAUACUACCUAACCUACCUAUAUGUUUCCUUCUAGUCAAUUCUGCAUUUCAUCUCACUUUCCCUACCCCCUAAACUUAGACCUUAACUAGUCAAGUGUUUGCCCUUGUUAGCUAAAUCUAGUAACUGAACUGUGACUUUAAAAUUGUGUAUUGGUUACCUUUUAAAAUUUUUUUCUUUUUAAUUUUUUUUUAUUGGUUACCUUUUAAUGUUAAGAUCUGAAAUAUCCAGAACUGUCUUUUUUUUUUUUUACUACCUUCAUCAUGAUCAGGCAGGCCCUUGUCCUAACUUUGUAUACAAUAUAUUUACUGUGCCUUAAUAUGUAAUAAUUUAUGCAAAUUGUAUAAAAUGGUUAAAAUGAUUACCUGUUAAUUCAUUAAAUUAUUUGCUUUA